AUUAAAACCCUUCCGGAGUCUUGCCGUCGCCUUGAGGCUUGUUCUAUCGCCCCUCAUUGUUGAAACGCAAAGUAGAGCAAUGCGGUAAAUGUAAAUGUCAAAAAACGCACGGGUCUUGCUCUUGCUGGUGGAGUAGAAACAGUGAACAAACUCGUCAGCCCCGGUGUGAAUCUGCACCUAUCUGUCUAGACUUGGAUGUUUUCAGGCAACCAAGUUUGAGUUUUAUAAAGACUCGUCAAAGCCCUUGGAGUGGUCCAAAAAUGUCCUGUCCAACUUGUUUGGCAGACCGAGAGCCACAGUACAAAGUCCUCGUACUGCCUCCCCAGUACGAAUUCGACGAAAAGAGCAGCACCAUGGCUUCAUCCUCCGCGUCCGAAAAUGCGGGCUCGCCAAUCUUCAACCACCGAAUGAUGGGCUCGCCCGGUCGUCGUCAAGCCAGCAUCAGCUCCGACGACGAGUACCCGCAUCUCCCGUGCAGGAACCCGAUCAAGUUUCGGAUCAACAUCGUCCAGAUUGGGCGCUCCGCCAUCUGCGUCUUUGCCUUUAUCGACAUGUUCCUGGUCGCCUUUAGCACGCAGAUAUCGACCACCGUGCCGCUGAUCAUGUUCCUCAUCGCCACCUUGGUCUUCAACGCCUACCAUUUGCUGGGUCAUUUGCUGCCCCGCGGCCCACGGCUCGAGGCGCCGUUCUUCUCCUUUCAGCUUUUCUGCAUAAAGGUCACAUGCGGCGGGGACGACAACGGUGACGACGAGUCCCGGUCGCUUCUGGGUGGCUUUGAAGGGCAUAACGACGACCCCAAGAGCCGACGUGGAAUCUGGAAGGAGCUUGUCGAUAUAACCUUGGCGGUGGUGCUGGGCAUCUUGAUGUUUGUUCACAUGAAUGAUCCCGCCCGUUACUGGUAUCGUUAUAGUGGUGGUACUGCCGAGACGUAUCUCGCGAGCUAUGUCUUUGCCUGGCUGGUUGUUGCAUUCGAGUUGAUUGUUGUCUUCCUCGAGGCGUUUAACAUCUCCAAGGGAGCAACAAUAUUCCUUUGCCCCGACGAGGAUGUCGCGGGGCAGAUUCGGCACCAAAUUCGUCUCCCUCCAUCUCCCUCUGUCGUGGCUAGCCGCAGUGGCGAGCAUGUUUCGAUCGUCGCUUGAGGCAGUAGGCUUCUACUCCUCUUGUGUCCCCAAAUGAUACGAAAAGGCGUACAUAUAGUCCGAGUUUCUCUGUGAGCUCGUAGGUAUUUAAGUCUUUGCUAGCCUUGGGAAAGAAGGGAUCGGGUUUAUCUGCAGCUUGGUUAAACUUUGAUCUUAAAAAAGCAAAAACAAAAACAUACAACACCGAGGAUUCCCCAGUGGUCACCCACCUGAGUACUAGUUCGGCCCUCACUGGUUUGACUAGGGGAGAGCGGACGGGAUCCCGUAUAUUCCAGUGGGUAUGGUCGUAUGUGUUGGGCCACGUUGUGCAACCUCAUUAUACCAAUAUAAUUCCCGUUUUGGUCACUUAUUUCCAUAUUCUUGAACAUCUUUUGCAUUAUAUCACUUUAUGGUCUCGAACCAAAUACAUGCGUCUGCGUCUCUCCUCACCGUGCAAGCAGACACCUGACUCUGUUGCGUCUAUUGAUUAGCUUAUAUGUCCGCAUUCGUCUAAAAUACAGCCGCUUGAAUCUUGAU